AUGACCACAGCCCACAGACCUACCUUUGACCCGGCCAAAGGCAAAGAAGCUCUCCGCGGUCCCGCCUACCAUCAACGUCUUCUCCCCGCCUACACGCAGCUCAAGUUCCGCAAGCCCGGCCAAGGCGGCGUCGCUGGGGCAUCCGAAGACCGUGACACGCAAGACCUGCGCGCCGAGCUCCUGGCCGCCGAGGAGGCGCACAAGGCCAAGCUGAGGGGCGGAUUUGCUCUUACCUCCGGUGACGACGAGAAUGCCACGGCGGGUACCAAGCGCCCGCUGGCUUUAACGGGUGGUGGUGGUGGUGACGGCGACAACAAGGAGGGGGAUAGAGAGGAGGAAGCGAAACGACGAAGGAUAUUAGAAUUGACGAGGGAGAUUGAUGCGGACGAUUCAUCGGACGACGACGACAAUGAUUCAGACGCGGCGGGUUCAGAAGCAGGUGCUGCCUCGAAGAAAAACAAAGCGGAGGCCGACGACGACGACGACAAUGACGACGACGAUGAUGAUUCCGAUUCAGACUCCGACAGCGACAGCGACGACGAGGAAGCCGAACUCCAGCGCGAACUCGAGCGCGUGCGCCGCGAGCGUCAAGAGAAGCGCGAGCGGGAGGAAGCGGAGCGCCAGAAGCUCGAAGAAGAGCAGCGCGAGAAGGACAUAGCGCUCGGCAAUCCCUUGCUGAACAAGCCAGACUUUACGGUCAAGAGGCGGUGGGACGACGAUGUGGUGUUCAAGAACCAGGCGAGGGGCGUGGAUGAUCGGAAUAAGAAGAAGGAGUUUGUGAAUGACUUGUUGAGGAGCGAUUUCCAUAGGCGGUUUAUGAGCAAGUAUGUUCGUUAG